UAAAAAUUUAUAUUUUUAGAAUAAUGGAUCGAAAUGUAUUUUACGAUUUAUUUUCAUCAAUAAAAAAAGUUGAUUUCGAAAACUUGAAUUUACUAUUAGAAAAAUUUAAUGUUGGUGAAAUUCAGUGUGACGAAAAUAGUAGUGUUUUAAAUUGUGCAAUUAAGGUCGGUAACAUAGAAAUCUUAAGAAUACUACUAAAGAAUGGUGGUAAUACAAACGAAGAAGAUAAGAAUAAUUUGCGACCAUUACACUUAGCAAUUAAAAACAAUAACAUUGAUAUAGUUAAGCUCCUUUUGGAGUAUAAUACCGAGGUUAAUGCUAAGAAUUCCUGUGAUGAAUAUCCGAUCCACAUUGCGGCACAAGGAAAUAACACAGAUAUUGUCAAAAUCUUAUUAGAUUAUGGUGCUAAUGUUAAUGUUGAAGAUAUUAGUAAAUUGCAACCGAUUCAUUAUGCUAUAGAAAAUGGAAAUGAAGUAAUCCUUCAAUUACUUUGUGAAAAUGGUGCGGAUAUAAAUGCAAGAACAAAUUGGGGGAAAUAUCCAAUACAUAUUGCGGCGCAGAAUAACGAAUUAAAUAUGGUCAGAACAUUAAUCAAACAUAAAGCUGAUGUUAAUGCUGUGGAUAAUUUUAGAGGACGUCCUAUACAUUAUGCAAUAAGAGGUAAUCAUACCGAUAUGUUACGAUUAUUAAUCGAACGAGGUGCAAAUGUAAAUGUUGAAAAUUACCGUGGAAGAACACCGUUACAUUUAGCAAUACUUACUGGUCAGAUAGACUCUGUUAAAAUUCUUAUUGAUAAUGGUGUAAACAUUAAUGCAAAAGAUCAUUUGAAAGUAUGUCCUAUUCACUUGGCAGUGGAACAUAAUCAAAUUAAACUUGUUGAGUUACUAAUUAAAAAUGGUGCGGACAUUCAUGUAAAAGAUCAGGCAGGAAAAGAACCAAUUCAUUUAGCUACACAUUCAUAUAAAAUGAAUGUUAUUAAACUGUUAAUCGACCAUGGUGCGAAUGUCAAUGCCAAAGAUAAUUAUGAUUCACGUCCUCUUCAUUAUGCAUCGCUUAAUAACCAAAAUAUAGACAUAAUUAAGUUAUUAAUUGAACAUGGUGCUGAUAUAAAUGUUAAAAAUAAUUCAAAUGAAUGUCCAUUAUUAUAUGCAAUAUAUGGUAAUAAUAUUGAUCUAAUUAAAUAUUUUAUUGUAAAUGGUGCUGAUAUCAAUUUAGAUAAUAUCAUAAUUCAUGAAUGCUUGAAUAAAGAUGCUUUUGACAUUGUAUUAUUAUUAGUUUAUGCUGGUUUACAUUUUAAUCAUAUAGAAAUACCAAUUGAUUCGAAUUUCAAUACGAAAUUACAACAAAUUACGUUUUUAAAAUCAAAUUCCUUGUCACUUCAGCAUUUAUGUCGAAUUACUUAUAAAAAUAUUUUUGGAGGGAGUACGUAUUGUAAACAUAUGAUGGAUAAAAGUAUCAGUUUAUUGAAAGAAUGA